ACUCUACUACACGUCUACACCUUGGCUCUCCUUCGGUCCUGCACACUCCCGCGUCAGCUGCCAUCCCGGAGCUCGGAGCCGUCGGCGGCAGCGGCACCACUCCACUCGCAUGGCCGACAAGCAGCUCUCCACGAUCGUCCUCAAGGUUGACCUUGAAUGCGAGACAUGCUACAAAAAGAUCAGAAAAGUCCUCCGCACAAUCCAAGACAAGAUGAACAUCGAGACGAUCUCGUUUGAUGAGAAGAGCAAUGCCGUGACGAUCUCCGGGCCGUUCGACUCCGACAUGGUCUGCAACAGGCUCUGCUGCAAGGCCGGCAGGGUCAUCAAGGAGAUGGACGUCAAAGGCAACGAGAAGGACGCCAAGGCCAAAGGAGGAGGCGGCGGCGAUAAGCCCAAAGACGCCGCCAAACCGGCGGCCGAGGAGGAGGGCGGCAAUUCGGAGAUGAAGGCGGAGAAGGCCGAGAAGAAGGAGGGCAAGGGCGACAAGGAGGAUACCAAGUCAGACAGGGCAGAGAAAGGAAACAAAGACGGGAAGGCGGAGGCCGAGACGGUGGAGUUCGACCUCGACGUGGACGGCGUGGCCUCCGCGGCGGACGCGAAGCCCGGCAAGGCCAUGGCGAUGCCGCCCGGCAUGACCAAGGCCGACCUCGGCCCGCUCCUGGAGAAGAUGAUGGCGCCGGGAGCCACGCAGAGCGUGGUCGUGCCGUCCAUCUGGCCCGCGUCCGCCGGGUUCGUGUCCGGCUACUACGGCUGCAACCCGGGCUACGAGGCGCCGCCGUCCUACUACGGCGCUGGCGCUGGCGCUGUCUACGGCGGCUACUACGGCGUGCCGGUGUACGAUAGCCAGGGGUGGUACUACGGCGGCGGCGCCCGGCAGCAGCCGUACUACCCGCACCAGCAGCAGCACUGCUGCGAGGACCCCAAUGCCGGGUGCAGCGUCAUGUGAUGGCGAUGCCCGUAAACAAAUGGAGAGCCACAUAAAUCAGUGUGUGGUCAGUGGUCGUCACACACCAUGGUCACUGACUCACUGGUCAGUGCCACCGUGCCGGUGGGGGGUAGAACCUUUUUUCCCCGCGUGUCAUCUUGUUGUCCGUGUUUUCUAGAUAGAAACACUUUUAAACGGUAACAGUAAAAAAUUGAAGUGUUCCC